AAAUCUGAACCGGAAGUUCCUGCUUGUUUGUCCCCUGCACUCACGUUGUUUACACAGCGGAUGGCACCCACGAUGAACUUGUGUGUUUUGUGUUAAGUGAGCAGUUUUUGACAGCAUGACAAUAGAAGUACGAAGCUUGGAGCUGCACUGUAGACUGAGGCAUGGAUCCUACAUUGGAAGGGGGGUGUUUGGAGCUGGUGGCCCGGGAAAGGAGCGGACACUCGGCUGUAGUGGUGAACAACCUGCUGCAUGUGUGGGGAGGCUAUAUGUCCGUCAGUGAUGAGGAAAUUUUUCUUCCGGGUGAUGAGAUCUGGGUGUAUGAUCUAGAAGGAGGAACAUGGAAGGUGUUUCACAUGAUCGGUGAAGUCCCUCCCUCCAUGUCUGGGUCAUGCAGCUGCUUCCUCAAUGAUCACUUGUACAUAUUUGGAGGUUGUGAUGACAAUGGACAGACAAAUCAGAUGUACUGUGUCGACCUGACAGACGGUAAAUACAUGUGGAGAAAAAUCGAACCAAAAUCUGGUUCAGCUCCUUCACCACGAGACAAACUAUCCUGCUGGCUUUACAAUGAAAGGCUCAUUUAUUUUGGAGGAUACGGUCGCAAACUUCUCACUGACAUUAACAGCAGGAGCAGAAACUUUAUUGCAGAUGAAGCAUCAUGGGUGUCAGACGCCUUCUGGGGAUGGAACAAUGAAGUUCAUGUGUUUGAUCCCACAGAAGUCACUUGGAAUGAACCACAAACCCAUGGCCGUGCUCCUGCUCCGAGGGCAGCGCACGCUGGUGCCACACUUGGAUGUAAAGGAUACGUUUGUGGGGGCAGAGUCAGGGAAACCAGGACUAGUGACAUUCACUGUUUGGAUCUUGAAUCGUGGACGUGGUCAGAAAUAAUCCCCCUGUCCACUCCUCCGGUAGGCAGAUCCUGGCAUACGCUCACAGCCGUGUCCGACACCACCAUGUUUUUGUUUGGAGGUCUGAGUGUAAACUGCAAACCAAUGAGUGAUGGCUGGUUGUUUGACGUUGAAACAAAAAAAUGGACGGAGUUGCAGCAUCCCUUUCAGAAUAAGCCAAGGCUUUGGCACUCGGCAUGUGCGGCCAAAGAUGCAGAUGUGGUUGUGUUUGGUGGAAGUUGUGACUACAUCCUCCUGGUGGACUCUGGUCACUGCAAUGAUGCCAUUGUGUUCCAGACACAACCAUAUCCUCUAUUUAGGAUUUGUCAAGAUUACAUUGCAAAAAAUAUGCGACACUCGGAGAACCUCAGACGUCAGCUUCCUCUUCUACCUCACAAGCUGCUGAAGUCGCUGCAGAAGAGGAUUUCUUUCUACAGAUCGUCGAAGAAGCAUCUCCGUUAAACACAGUGGUUAUUGUUAGAUAGAUUUUUAGUUACUUUUUUAUGUUAAAAGUUUUAAUUUGUAAAA